AUGACAAGUGGUGCAAACUCUUCAGGAUCUUACCUGCCCUCAAAAAUAAGAAGUUCUAAAACAGAUGACAAUUAUUUGAAGGAACUGAAUGAGGACUUGAAGCUAAGGAAACAGGAACUGCUAGAGAUGCUCAAACCUCUAGAAGAUAAAAACAACCUCUUAUUCCAAAAGUUAAUGUCUAACUUGGAGGAAAAACAAAGGAGUCUUGAGAUCAUGAGGCAAAUUAUGGCAGGGAAGAAGGGUGAGGAAUCCUCAGUCAUGGAGCUCCUUAAGGAGGCAGAGGAAAUGAAACAGAACCUGGAAAGGAAAAACAAGAUGCUUCAGAAGGAAAUGGAGAUGCUAUGGAACAAGACAUUUGAGGCAGAAGAACUCAGUGAUCAACAAAGAGCACCAGAGAUAAAAAACAAGGCAGACUUGCAGGAUUCCCGGGCUCCCAAAUCCCCCUUGUCACUUAGGAAGACCAAGAGUGAACUAGAGAAAUCACUUGCAGAGAAAGUGAAGGAGAUAAGGAAAGAAAAGCAACAGAGGAAAAUGGAAUGGGUCAAGUAUCAGGAACAAAACAACAUCCUUCAGAAUGAUUUUCGUGGAAAAGUGAUUGAGCUGAGAAUUGAAGCCUUGAAGAAGUACCAGAAGGCCAAUGACCUGAAAUUAUCACUGUAUUUGCAGCAGAAUUUUGAGCCAAUGCAAGCAUUUUUAAAUCUCCCUGGGUCCCAAGGUACUAUGGGCACUACAACUAUGGACAGACUGACUACUGGCAGAAAUGAACACCAUGUGAGAAUUCUGGGAUCAAAGGUCUACACAGAACAACAAGGAGCUACAGGAAGUCAGCUUGAUGAUGCAGGAGGGAGGCUCUUUUUUCUGAGGUCACUGACAGAUGAAGCGCUGAAGAAUUAGAAGGCUUUCACUCCAUUUGCUUUGGACAGAUUUAAAGACUAGGUGCAGCCAUUUGUGUUAAUUAAAAUCUCUCAAACCUUUGUUUUAGUGCUGUUUUCUCUCUAUCCCACCACCAAUCUGGGUGGAAAUGUUGGAUGUUUGGCCUUAAACAUGUAUGGAAUGCAGUCAUUUAGGGAUUCUAAACAGCCUUUGAUUAUUUUGAUAGUUUUGGGAUUUGAAAUGAC